UGCCUAACGUAGUAAAAUUGUGUGUGUGUGUGUUAGAGUGAGAGAGGGAAGGUCGUACAGCUUUAAUGGCUCAUAAUUUUCUGAGUCUACUCUUUUCAUUGUUCUUACUAUUUGCAUUCAGUUGUUCAGAUGGUCAAAUGGUUCCAGCAGCUUUUUCUUUCGGGGACUCUCUAGCAGACGUAGGAAACAAUAAUCACAUAAAAUUGAGCAUUAUCAAGGCCAAUUUCCCUCAUAACGGUGUCGACUAUCCAGGAGGAAAAGCUACCGGAAGGUUCAGUAAUGGCAAGAAUUCAGCUGAUUUUUUGGCCGAGAAGCUAGGAUUUGCGACCCCGCUUCUGCCGUACCUCUCCAUUGCCCCCUCUUCGAACUCAAAGGCGUUCCUGGGUGGAGUUAGCUUUGCCUCAGGAGGAGCUGGAAUCUUGGAUAGCACUAACAAACACUCGGGGGUUAUUUCAAUGAACAAACAAAUAGAGAACUACUCGGCAGUAUACGGCCAGUUGGUUCAGCAGUUAGGAAACAAUGAAAUGCAGAAACACUUUGCAAAAUCACUCUUUGCGAUCGUGAUUGGUAGCAACGACCUCAUAAAUUACUUCAAAUCUGGGUCAGACUUACGCAAACAGUACACUCCUCAACAGUUCACAGAUUUAAUGGUUGCCACUCUGAAAGACCAGUUGAAGCGGAUAUACAAUCUUGGUGCACGUAAGUUUGUUGUGAUUGGAGCUGGAGCUAUAGGUUGUUCUCCAGCACAGAGGUACCAGAACAAUACAGGGGGUUGCUAUGAGGAAACGAAUUACUGGUCUAUUCAAUACAACGAGGGUAUUAAGUCAAUCUUGCAAGGCAUGAAGUCUGAGCUAACAAUCAACUAUGCUUUUCUCGAUUCCUACAGCCUCUUGCUCGACUUCAUCCAAAAACCAGCUAGCUACGGGUUUAAAGAGGUUAAAUCUGCUUGUUGUGGACUGGGAAACCUAAAUGCUAGGGUUCCUUGCCUACCAGUUGCCAAAUACUGCAACAACAGAGACGAACAUAUAUUUUGGGACUUCUACCAUCCAACAGAAGCAGCUGCACGCAUCUUCGGAGACACCAUUUUUGAUGGUACACAGCAGUUUAUGUUUCCUAUUAAUGUAAGGCAACUAGUUGCUAUAUGAGCUAAACAGUGCUAAAAAUAGUUUGGUUUCAGUGAUGCCCUGGCCAAAUAUAAUACAGGGGCAUAAAGCGCCAGUUAGUUAAUUUUAGUUUUGUUAGAAUGUUGUGAAAAUACAACUAGUGGAAAAGGAUUAGUAAGCUGCUCGGUAAGAAGAUUGGAGUCAAUAAGGAUUACUCAGGUUGUAGAGCCUAUUUAUGCACCAGAUUGCCAAGUUAAGAAAAGCCAAGUUGCAAAAUAUGUUUUUUCUGAUGACCGAAAGAAAAUUAGUCAACUGGGCCAAGUACAAGGAGUGCAGUUCAAGAAUACCUGUUCUCAAAUUGAUUAAUGGAACAAUUAGAGUUAUAUCACUGUAGAAGUGUAUGCAUUAAACUGCAAGGCUACAGGCAAAAUAUUAAUUUUGAGAAGAUAAAGCUUGUACAGAUUGCAAACUAACGUUUGUGUAUGGAGUCCUCUAAUUAUUCAAGGUUAUGCAGAGCUGGCAAUUGCCUUAAUGUAUCAAUUAGUUUCAGACUGUACAUGUUCAAGUAGUCCACUUUUUUCCUUCUCCAAA